AUGCAGCCGAUACAACGCAUGCCAACCAUGCCGUUGGCACCGAUUUCACGAACUUGGCGAUCGCAACAGGUCUUGCGGAAGUGGCAAGUGAAUGGGUUGUUGAAUGGGAAUGGGCCGGGUUCCGUGGUCAGUUCAGCCCUUUCCCUUCCCUCUGCGGCAUUCAUCGCGUCCAUUGCAUCCAUCGCUGUCCCCAAAUCUGUCCAGCGACAGUCAAACAAAUCUGAUGGGUUCCAGCUCCGAGAAAUUUUCAAAGAUGUUGAUUUUCCUGAAGAACUCGGUGGACGGCAAAGGAUUGAAUAUGCACUUUGGCUGGCAUGGAGAAGAAUGGGAAAUCCGAAACCACCAGCGAAAGAGGUCAAGGAAUGCUUUGCCUUCUUUAAUGCUUGUUCCAAACAACUUGGGCGGCGACAGAUUCUGGUCGAUGCAGCAGGAGGCCAUGGUGGAAUCGCGUUGGUUUUUCGAGCUUUUCGCAAAGUGGAGAGGGCGGUGGUUGUGGACCUCUACGAGCCCCAGAGUUUUGAGAAUCUCCGGGCUGCAUGGCUGCCAGAUGAAUCUCCAGAAGUGGUGCAAUUUCGUGCUGGUGACAUCAGCGAAACUGGUUGGUUGGCCUCUUUUUUGGAGAAGGAAGAAGUGGAUGCGAGCCAAGUGAUGGUGGUGGCUUGCCAUGCUUGCAGUCUGCUUUCAGAUGAGUUGAUACGUGAAUGCGUGGAGUGCAAGGUGGAAUUUGCCAUCAUGCCAUGUUGUCAGGGAGAGGAAAGUCGCAAGGGCAUGAUGAUGCUGAAUACUGCGAAGAACCUGAACAUACCGCAUGGGACACUGAUCGAUAUUGCCCGACUUGGCGUUAUUGAAGCAAGCCCGGGAUACAAAGCAACCAUGAAACGUAUUGAUGAAAAUAUCACACCCCAAAAUCGCAUCUUGAUUGGUCUUCGUGAGACAACUGAAGAUAUUGAGAGACGACAAUCUGACAAACAACGUUUUUUGCAGAAGAUGGCGAGAAAGUACAGACACGUUGCGUGGCGCCCAGGCCAAAAAAAUCCUCACAAUUUAGAUUGCUCUGAGGCCAGACAAAUGGCAGUAGUUGAUAUUCAGGCGUUUGAAGCCAUCGACAAAGCAGAAGAGGAUCCACCAGACGAUGAACAUGAACAUGUGGAAGUGCCGCGGGUGUCUCAGCCCAAUAGCCGUGUACAGUCCAACUGCGAGACCGCGUCCAGUGGAUGGAGCUGGGCGGAAGCACUGUUUUUCAAGGCCAACUGCGUCUCCGCGAAGGGUACCUUCUGUGCCACGCACACAGAGGACCUGUGGCGCAAAAGUUCAAAUGCUGCACCUCUUCCAUCGGUCGCCUUAGAAGGACCAGCAGACUUGCCAAAGUCUCAAGCUGUUGCGAUACUGCCGCUGCAAAGGAAGAGGCCUUCGGGGGAAUCAACGGAAUCAACCACAGGGUCCAAUUCCGUGCCGAAGGAGAUGUCCAAGGCUGAGCAGCUGUUCGACAAAGUUAAAGAACAGAAGGAGGCCUUGGACCGAGAGGUGGCGUCAGCUCUCGCCAAGGCCCAGGAAGGCCGACAACCAUCUCCAGCAAAUCAUCGGACCCUGAAAUUCUACCCGCAGCCGGCUGAUGAUCGAUCAGCGAGAUUGGUCGAUGUCAUCGAGCACGGUUACGAGGUGCUCAUCGUCCGGAGAGAACCGUCUCCGACGCCCAAGUGUCCAGCGGAUAUGUUGCAAACACCGAGAAGCAACCAUUCAGGAGAGCUCCUGAUUCCGGUGGCUGCAUCGCCGGUCAGUGGUGAAAAAGAGGCCCGAGCCAUGGCUGCAGACAUGGCUUCAGUCAUCGCACACAACAAGGCUGGAGUGGUGAUCAAGAACACCUUUCUCGAGGUGGGAGAUCAAAUCUCAAAUUUUCAUGACUGGCGAAGGCAGAUGUCAGAGCCCGUGAAAAUUUACACCAGUGUAGAUCCCGAUGAGGACUACGAUGAAGCCGAAGAGGGUGAGGCAGAGGUUCCCGAAGAGAUGCCUCCGCUGCCCUUUGCUAUGGCUCCACCUUCGACCUCCUCGACACAUCCAGGGUCAGGGCACCUUCAACCGACUAUGGGUGUUUUGGAUCCUGGUGCUUUGCCACAAUCCCCUGGCUUUGAGGCUUCGCCCCCACCAUAUGUGCCACGGCAAAGCAGCCAGGUCAAGGAGCAGAGUGCAAAUAAGGUGUCGCGCCAGGGACCAGGCAUCAACGCGUUGAAGAACAAUGACAUCACCAGCAAGGAACCACCUUGGAAUGAUGUAACAACGGUGAUGAUGAGAAACCUGCCCAACAAGUACAGACAACAGAUGCUGUUGGACGAAUUGGCGGACGCUGGUUUCCGAGUGCAGUCCGACUUUGACUUUUUCUACCUUCCGAUGGACCACAGCAAUGCUGCAAAUCUUGGCUAUUGUUUUAUUAACUUCACGGAGCCGGCCUUGGCGAACUCCUUCGCCGCAGCCUUCCAGGGCAAGAAGAUGCGACGCUUCAACUCCCACAAAACGGUGGUGGUGAUGCCCGCCUCCAUUCAGGGAUAUGACAGGAAUUACAAGUACUACUCCUCGACUAGAGUCGCACAGGCUGAGGAUCCCGCUUACCGGCCUCUCUUCCUCAGACAUCCUGACGACUCUCAGGACAGAAAAGGUGCUGGUCGAGGGGGCAAAGGCGGAGACAAAGGGCGUGGCAAGAAGGGCUCCAAGGGCUCCAAAGGACCUCAAGAUGGGAAGGGAGUGGAGGCUUUUGGACGCCUUGCCUUUAUGGGCCUGGAAGACCCUAAUUCACAGGGAGAGUGGUCUAUGGCGACGGAUCAGAUGCCGUGGCAGCCGCAAAUGAUGCCAGCUCAGUUUCCGGGCUGUGGCGGCUGCGCAGCCCCCUGCGCAGCUCCAUGCGGGGGUCGAAGCGGCAACACUGUGACCUGCACAAACUGUGGCAACGCAUGCUCUGCAGAACACAGGUUCUGUUCGGGCUGUGGGAAUCCCGUGAAAGCCGGAACAGGUGGUCUCGGUGCAGGUGGUCCAACUGCCAUGGGAAAAGGUGGUCCUUGUGCAGGACCGCCCAUGAAUGGGGCCAUGAUGCCAUCGAUGGCUGGUUGCCCUGUUUGGGGCUGCUGCCCCUGUCCGAUGAAUAUGCGAGCGGAUGCUCCAACGUUCAUGCCAGUUAUGGGAGAGGAUGAUGGCAACCAGCAGCAGACGACUCCCCAGAUGACCGACUCGGUGAACACGGAGCUUGAUGUGAUGCGUGGACGUUUAAUGUUGAUUGCUGCACUCAAGGAUAUCGAGCAGAGAGACUCCGAGAACGCUCGUGGAAAAGACGAGAAUGUCGCUUGGUUGGCCUGAAGCAAAGAAGGCAUGACGGUUGAGAUGGAGCUUCACGAAGCCUUGCUGUUAACACGAUCGCAUGGCGGUGUUUCAGAGGCGAGGGAAACAACCUUGCUGGAAACUGAAAACUUGCUGUGGGAUUUGUGUGAUGACAAAGAACGAUAUCUAAAAUUCCUAAAUGCGACACAGACUGCCAGCAGGUUCAUGCCGAGCUACUCCAAAGGGGCAAACAGACUCUAGUUCAAUUGCAGGACAAGAGCACAUUUUUUUGCAUGGCUUUGUCUGAAAGUCGGGUACCA